AUGAAGCUGAUAUGCGACCACGUUAGGCCACAAUGCGGCCGCUGUGCCAGGCUCAGCGACAGGUGCGACUAUCCGCAAUCAAGAAAAGCUGACGUUGGCAGGAGGAAACAAAUCCUCGAGCUGCAAACCAAGGUGCACGAGCUCGAGCGUUUGGCAACAACGUGGAACAACGCCGUCACGGGCUUGACGGCCGUACAGCUCGCCAUGGACAUGAGGCACCGCGCUUCUGACUCCGCGGCGGUCAAAUAG